AUGGCGGUGUUCCACUUGUACUCGGCGCUGAACCUGCUCUGGAUCUUGUGCAACAGCGCAUGCAUCAAUUUCCUACAGUUCUGCCUCUAUUUCCUCGUGCGGCCGUUCAAUAAUGCGCUCUACAGCUAUCUCAUGGGCCCUGUAGCACAAUCUCUCUGGGUCGACGUGGCGUCCACGAGCUUCCCGUUGACCAAGCUCUCGGUCACGGGCGAGCUGCCGUCCGACCCUUCGAAGCCUGCGAUCCUCAUUGCGAACCACCAGGUGGACGCUGAUUGGUGGUACAUUUGGCAGGCGGCCCGUCAUCAGAAGGCAGCAGGCAAUAUCAAGAUUGUGCUCAAGGACCAGCUCAAGUACUUGCCUAUCCUCGGCUGGGGCAUGCGUCUCUUCCAGUUUCUUUUUCUGCGACGUCGCAUUGACGAGGACCAGGAGCAUAUUCAGCAGUAUAUGAAUGGACUGAUCGCUGAUCAGUUUCCGUUUUGGCUCGUGCUGUUUCCUGAAGGAACGACCAUUCAUAAGGAAUAUGUGACAAAGUCGCAGGCGUUUGCGACUCGAGAAGGCCGUCCAAAGUUUGAGCGGGUCUUGCUGCCUCGUACGACGGGCUUGCGGAUCAUUUUAGAUGCUGCGGCUGCAGUAAAGCCGGAUAUUUACGACUUGACGUUGGCGUUUCCGUCCUAUUCGGGCGAAGUGCCGUCUUAUGACAUGGGGUACGGACGUAGACUGGACACGGAAGUGCCGUCGAUGAAAUCUUUGGUGGCAGGGAAACAACCUGCAGGUAGUGUGGCCAUACACUCCCGUAAGUUUAGAUACGAGGACGCAAUUCAAGAUUUGCAGGGAUUUUUAGAUGCGCGCUGGAAAGAGAAGGAAGAACAGCUGAACUACUUUAUCGAACACCAGCAAUUUCCUGGUGAGGAAAACACGGUGGUGAUGGAGCUUUCGAGGUCGGUUCGAGCCGUCUUCAAACUGUGGCUGGGGAUUGCUGUCUCAUGCAUGGUACUGCCCUUCGUCAUGAUGCUCUUCUUCCCGCUCUAUUUUGUCUGGGUCGUCUACUGCUUUGUGUACUCGAUCUACGACCGCACGACGAACUUUUGGUGGCCAUACAUUUUUAACCUGUUCUUGGGACGUGCUGCUAAGACCGACGACCAUCAUUAA